GGGGGGGGGGGGUUUAUGUAAACCCAUGCUCUACAGUAUAUAUAGGAGUGAGAGGCAGCGAAGAAAAACAGAUCUCCUGUUCUGUCCUCUUCCUCGUACAACCCCUGACUUUAAAAUUAUUGAUUUGGAACCUGCUCUGCUGUAGCCAUGACGACCAUGCUGCUGAGAGCGCUAGGAGCACUGCUCUGCUCCUUGGUUGUCACCGCUGAGGUUAUGCCCCAAGGAGACUUCAAUCUACAGGGGGUAAGAAUGAAGAAAGGGAUUAACUGGAGGAGAAAAAAUACAAACAAGGGAAUUGUGAUGAAAACAAGAUACAAAUGGAAAGGAUUAAGAGAAAUGUAGGAAUUCUAGUGACACAUUUUCAGAUGCUCAUAUUGAGACAGUAGUUAUUGAGAUUUUCAUUUAUAAAUGAUUCAGGGAUAUUUCGGUAUCAGCUCUCACAGAUUUAGGAUUGAAAAAUUCAGUGAAUGAGGAGGUGAUGUAAUCUAAUCAGGGCAGUUUUUUUUCAGGUGGCAGGAAAGUGGUACCUGAUUGGAUUUGCCACUAAUGCCCAGUGGUUUGUCAGCCACAGGGCCGGCAUGAAGAUGGGCACCGCCAUUCUGACACCAACUGCUGAUGGAGACCUGGACAUGGCAUAUGCUAGCCUGAAGUGAGUGAGUGAGUGAGUGAGUGAGUGAGUGAGUGAGUGAGUGAGUGAGUGAGUGAGUGAGUGAGUGAGUGAGUGAGUGAGUGAGUGAGUGAGUGAGAGAGUGAGAGAGAGUGAGAGAGAGUGAGAGAGAGAGAGAGAGAGAGAGAGAGAGUGAGAGAGAGAGAGAGAGGAGAGGAGAGAGAGAGAGAGAGAGAGAGAGAGAGAGAGAGAGAGAGAGAGAGAGAGAGAGAGAGAGAGAGAGAGAGAGAGAGAGACUUUCUGCUGAUACUGUAUUAACUAUAUUGUCUCUGUAGCUCUGAUGGCUCCUGCUGGAGAAUGAACCACCUGGCUGAGAAGACAAACCUUCCUGGGAAAUUCAUCUUCAAGAGCCAGCGUAAGUCUAGAACCUAUACACACACACACAGAGCCGGGUCUAACCUUUUGGGGGCCCUAAGUGAGAAUUGGUUACAGAGCCCCCCACCUCGCAGAAAAACAUUUUAGUGGCCCCCCUCUUGAUGGUGGAGAGAAACAUUUCCUGCAAUUCUACACAUUUCGCCAUGGGGCGUAAAUAAAUUGUUGCAAUUUUAUAACAAACGUCAUGCAAUUCUACUCAUUUUGCCAUGGGGUGGAGAGAAAUGUUUGCCGUUUUAAAGCUAAUUUCUUGAAAUUCUACACAUUUUUUAAUGGCUUAUGGAGGACUGCUUUUCUGAGGAGUGCCAAUAUGGCCAUCCAAUUGUUAGCUGACUGUCAGUGACUGACAUAACAUAACAAGAGAAAAACUGCUGAUGCACAAUCAAAUUGCACCUGGUGUAUUAUUCUAUUCUUACUCUCAAUAGUAAGUUGAGACCAAUGAUGUGUGUAAACCCUGGAUUGCUGAUGCUAUUUAUUGGCCAAUGAGAGGCUUUGAAGCCACUGGUCGGCCAUAUUGGCACUCCUCAGAAAAGCAGUCCUCCAUAGGAAUAAAUGGAAUUCAACAGUAUUUCAUUUAACUGUUUCAAGGUAAAAUUACAUGUAUUUAAGUAUUUUUGUUGUUGUAGUGGGGAAAGUAACAUUAGUACUUUCUAAAUAUUAUAUAGACAUGUUUUUUAUAUAUAUUUUCUAAAAAUAUAUGUUUAGCUCACAUAAUAUAGUUUAAAAGUAUGUACUAAGGUGUCUUUAUAAUAAGUGUUGCAAAAACAAAUGUAAACAAUUAUAAAAGCAUUUCUAUCCAGGCUCUGUCGCAGCCGGCCGCGACCGGGAGAUUCAUGGGCGGCGCACAAUUGGCCCAGCGUCGUCCAGGGUAGGGGAGGGAAUGGCCGGCAGGGAUGUAGCUCAGUUGAUAGAGCAUGGCGUUUGCAACGCCAGGGUUGUGGGUUCGAUUCCCACGGGGGGCCAGUAUAAAAAUAAAAUGUAUUCACUAACUGUAAGUCGCUCUGGAUAAGAGCGUCUGCUAAAUGACUAAAAUGUAAAUGUAAAUGUAUAGCUUCCAAAAUAUUUUUUACAACGGUGGGGGAGUGCCAAGAUGGAGUCGCGGUGGCUUCAAGACAUCGCCCCCUGUCAGUCAUCUAGUGUACAUAUAAAUCAUUUGUUGAGACCCCGACAGUUCCUAAAAAACAAACGUAUGUUGCUUAUGCCUGGAACCGGCCCUGUUCAUACACACACACACACACACACAAAGUGCACCAAUAUGUGUGUCAAUUCAUCUUCUUUUUCUCUCUAGGCUGGAAUAAUGAAAAUGACAUGCGUGUCGUUGAUGUUAAGUAUGAUGAGUACGCCCUCAUUCACACCAUCAAGACCAAGGGAGGUGUUUCAACUGUGCUCAACAAACUGUAUGGUAAGUUCCUUUCCACUUCUCUGUCAAUUCCUAUAACUCAGUCUCAUUUUGUCACUAUUUUUUCCUCCAUAAUUUGUUAGUAAUCUUAUAUUAUAAAUUGUAUUGUAUCCUUCAUAGUAUAUUUAGUCUGCCAUGUUCUGUAUGUGCGGUGUCUACAGCCCGUGGGACAGACCUGAGCCCUGACCUGCUUCAGAAGUUUAAGCAGUUCUCCCUGGACACUGGCAUUCUGCCUGAGAACAUUGCUAUCCUCCCCAAAAACGGUUUGUUCCAUUUCUGUUUGUGACAUGUGUUUUUACACUGCUGCUACUAGCUGUUUCUUAUCUAUGCAUAGUCACUUUACCCCUACCUACAUGUACAAAUUACCUUGACUAACCUGUACCCCCACACAUUGACUCGGUACCGGUACCCCCUGUAUAUAGCCUCGUUAUUGUUAUUUUAUUGUGUUCCUUUUAUUUGAUUCAGUAAAUAUUUUCUUAACUCUAUUUCUUGAACUGCAUUGUUGGUUAAGGGCUUGUAAGUAAGCAUUUCACGGUAAGGUCUACACCUGUUGUAUUCGGCGCACGUGACAAAUAACAUUUGUUUUGAUUUGAUUUGAUUUUUUAAAAGGGUUUUAUUAAAUCCAUAUCGUGGAAGUUCAGCGUUACAGAGUGAUUUAAAUUUAAAGGCAAUGUUCCUGCGUUAGCGGAGGCUGCAGCAUAUGUCUGCUCAAUCAGAAUGACCUUAACAUUUCUAGCCUGCAAUCUGUAAGGCUUCAGCGAUACCGGUUGAAUAGGGCCCUAUAUGAACAAUAUUUAUGGUUAGAAGUGUGGAGUGUCACAGACCUAUAAAUAUGAACCUUCUUUCGUUCUUUCCGCAGAUGAGUGUCCCGCUGCGUAAUUUCAUCAAUGUUCUUCACUUCCAAAGCAUCCUCCCUUGAUCCUUCUGCAUGGCUUUUCUACUUGAUGGGCAGGCAUACCCAUGGCAACUGUGGCAACCAGGAACCACUUUUAGCUGCGGUGACCCAUCAGGUUCCGCCUUAACCUGCAGCUACGCUACAUUGCCCACUGAAGCCCAGUUUUUCACUUCCCCGAUUUGUUCCAAUAAAAUACUGCCUGGUGCUUUA